AUGGGGAAGCUCAUUCGUUUGGAGCUUUUCAACUUCAAGUCCUACAAGGGCCAUCAUAUCUUGCUGUUCGGCGACUCCUACUUCACUUCCAUUAUUGGCCCCAAUGGAUCCGGCAAGUCGAACUCCAUGGACGCGAUAUCCUUCGUGCUUGGCAUCAAAUCAUCGCACCUCCGAUCAGCCCACCUUAAAGACCUCGUGUACCGCGGUCGCGUACUCAAAACCUCCAGGAUCCAGGAUGACGGUUCAGCCCAAUCGAAUGGCCAAAGUAACGGCGACGGAGAUGAUUUGUCGCAAAAGGCUUCCCGGAGCGAUCCCAAGACCGCAUGGGUCAUGGCCGUCUACGAAGACGAUGCGGGUGACGAGCAGAAGUGGAAACGUUCCAUCACGAAUCAGGGUUCAAGCGAGUACCGCAUCAACGAUCGCGUUGUCACCGCUCAGCAGUACAACGAAGCGCUCGAGUCUGAAAACAUCCUCAUCAAAGCGAGGAACUUCCUCGUCUUCCAAGGAGAUGUCGAAGCUAUCGCUGCACAAUCGCCACAGGAUCUUACACGGUUGAUCGAGCAGAUCUCCGGCAGUUUGGAGUACAAAGGCGAAUACGAAAGGUUACAGACCGAAGCUGAGCAAGCUGCCGAAAACCAGAGCUUUCAACUCCACCGUAGGCGCGGCAUCAACUCUGAAAUCAAACAGUACCAGGAACAGAAAAAGGAGGCAGACAACUUCCAAAAGAAGACGGAGGAAAGGGAUGAAGCUAUUGUCAAGCAUGCUCUUUGGAAGCUGUAUCACUUCCAGCGCGGCAUGGAUGAGUCCACUGAAAAGAUUCAGGAUCACCAGCAGAAUCUGCAGGAGUUCCAGCGCAAUGUCGAGUCCUUUCGGAAAAAACUCGAAGCCGCCCAAAAGGAGCAGCAGGCAGCAGCAAAGCAGGUUCAUGGGGUGGAAAAGGCCAUCAACGCCAAGAAGCGGGAAUUCGACGAGCUGGAGCACAAACUCAUCCCUAUUGACGCCAAAAUCGAAGAAAAGACGCGCAAUAUUGAGCAGUGUCGCUCACGUAUGGAGCCGGUCCGUAAAGAGCGUGAUAAGCAGGCUGAGCUCAUCAAGGAGGAUGAAGGUCGGCUCAAAACCACUGAGAAAGCACAGAAGCAUUUCGAGUCGCAGCUAAAGGAGCGAAUGAAGAAGUUGGGGAAGGAGCUCAGCGAGGACGAUCGUAAGGAGUACAACGCCCUCCGUUCUCAGGUUGUACAAAGGUGCGCAGGCAACCAGGCAAGACUCGACAACUUGAUCCGUCAGCAAAAGACCGACGAGGUCACUGUGAAUACGCUCAAGGGAAAGGUCGACACCCUCUCGGCCGCCCUGGAGAAAUAUGAGGGGGAGUUGGAGACUCUGGGAGAACGCAAAGCAUCAACUGAAGGCAACAUCAAGGCAUUAUCCCAGGAGAUCGACACCAAGAAAAAGCAAUACCACCAAAUCCAGUCGGAGCGUGUGAGAACUAGUCAAAGACGCACGGAGCUAGAGGAGAAGCUGGAGACCGUUGCCAAGCAGCUGCGUGAAGCAGACGAUGGCCGCCGACAGAAUGACCGAGAAGCCAGAAUGAAGGAAAUGGUCAACAACCUGAAGCGACUCUACCCGGGCGUUAAGGGACGAGUGGGCGAUCUUUGCAAGCCCAAGCAGAAGAAAUAUGAUGAGGCUGUCAGCAUUGCUUUGGGCCGAGACUACGAAUCAGUUAUCGUCGACACUGAGAAGACGGGCCACGAAUGUGUUCAAUACCUCAAGGAUCAACGCUUCCCACCAAUGACCUUCAUCCCUUUGGACAACAUCAAGGUCAACGCCGUAAAUGGGGCUAUCAAGGGCAUUUCGGGAGCCCGUCUCACCAUUGACACAAUCGAUUUUGAUGCUGCCUACGAGCGCGCUAUGGCCUACGCCUGCGGAAGCUCAGUUGUGUGCGAUAACGAGCAAGUCGCGAAGCUCAUCUCGUACGAAAGGCGUAUUCCUGUCAAGACAGUCACUCUAGAUGGUUUAGUCAUCCAUAAGACCGGCAUGAUGACGGGUGGUCGUGGCCCAGAGCCAAAAGGUGGAAAACGCCGUUUCGAGAGCUCAGACUUGGAUUCGUUGAAGAAGAUGGCGGCCAAAUACAAGGAGGAAAUUGAGAAGCUUCCCAAGUCUGGUCGCCGCAGCACCGCUGAAGAGUCUCUUCAGACUGAGAUCCACGGACUUGAGCCACGUCUGGCGAAUGCCAAGGCCGAACUGGCACACCUGGAGAAGAACUAUGACAGCAAGAAGAGAGAGCGAGACAAUGAGGAGAGGCAGCUCAACGAGCUCCAGCCCAAGUACGAAGAAAAGACAGCGGAGCUCGAAGCAACCAAGCGAACUGUGAGGGAAUUUUCGGACGCCAUUGCAAAGGUAGAAGACGAAGUAUUUUCCGGCUUCUGCAGGAGGCUCGGCUUCAGCGACAUUCGUGCCUAUGAGACAGAGCACAGAGACAUGCAGCGAGAGGCCGACGAGGAACGUGCCAAGUUCGAGGUGCAGAAAUCUAGGUUCCAGAGCCAACUUACGCUGGCACGGGACAUGCACAGCAACCUGGAGAAACGACUCAGGAAGUUGCAGGAAGCUCUCAAAGCUGCUGAGCGCGACUUACAGACCUUCCAACAGGAGAAAUCAGAUAUCGAGGAUGCCACGCACGAAGUGUCUGAUGAACUCGAUGCGCUCAGCGAGACACUAGAGGAGUACCGCGGCAAACUAGAGGAAAAGAACCAAAAAGUUUCCCAGGCCAAGGCUGAGGUCCAUAAGCGAAGCAAGGAGAUUGACGCCAGACAGAAGGAGAUCAAUGCCCUGGAGACAGUGGUGCAGAAGAAUAGCGCGGGCAAGUUUGCGUUACUCAGGCGAUGCAAGCUUGAACAGAUCCAGAUCCCCUUACUCGAGGGCUCCCUCGACAACCUGCCGAAUGAAGACAACAUGCUGCGACAAGAUGCUGACGCCAUGGAUGUCGAUGAGGAGGUGGAUGACGAAGAUAUGAUGACCGCUGCUCUUGAGAACUACGGUAUUGAAGUCGACUACGAUAGUCUGGAUGAGGAGAUGAAAAACUCCGACGAUGCCAGUGUUGAGGAGAAGCUGCUAGACAAAAUCGCAUCGUUGACCUCAGAGCUUGAGAAGCUCAACCCCAAUAUGAGGGCAAUUGAGAGGUUAGAGAGCGUUGAGUCGAGAUUGAAGAAUACGGAAAAGGAGUUUGAGGAAUCCAGGGCGGCUCUUAAGGCGGCCCGGGAUGCAUUCAACCACGUCAAGGCCCAGCGGUACGAGCUGUUCAACAAGGCCUUUACGCAUAUCCAGGAACAAAUCUCGCAUGUCUACAAGGACCUCACUCGAUCAGAAGCGUACCCUUUGGGCGGCCAAGCCUAUCUCGAUAUCGAGGAGGACACAGACACACCCUACCUGUCGGGCAUCAAGUACCACGCUAUGCCGCCGCUGAAGCGAUUCAGAGACAUGGAGCACCUGUCCGGAGGUGAGAAGACCAUGGCUGCGCUGGCUCUGCUGUUCGCCAUCCACAGUUACCAGCCCAGUCCCUUUUUUGUGCUUGACGAGGUCGAUGCUGCAUUAGACAAUGCCAAUGUCGACAAGAUCAAGAAGUAUAUCCGGGAGCACGCUGGACCUGGCAUGCAGUUUAUCGUUAUCAGUCUCAAGACUGGCUUGUUUCAAGACAGCGAGAGUCUGGUUGGCGUGUACCGCGACCAGGAAGUCAACAGCUCCAGGACACUCACCCUUGAUGUAAGCUAA